AGUGUUUCCAGCUGCUCGUUUAAAUAAAUUAUGACGUCACGUGAAAAUGUUAUAAAAGCAAAUUCAUUUGCGCUAAUUAUUCAACAAUACUGGUCGACGGUGAAGGGCGUGAAACCAUGAUUUUCUCGGGGUAUUUUUAUAUUGUUUUUGCGACGAUUUUUGGAUUUACAGCCGGCACUAUCCCCGAGUACAUUCACGUUUGCCACAGAAAUGAUCCGGACGUAGCCAAAUGCAUUCAGAAUUCCAUAGAAGCUCUCAGACCAAAACUGGUUCAUGGAAUUCCGGAGUUGAGCGUUCCCGGAAUCGAUCCCUUUAAGUUAGAUAAGAUAGUGAUUUUCGACGGCAGCGACAGCAAUCAGCUCACGGCGUCAUUAAACAACGUGGAAGUCAGGAACGCCGGAAAUUUUGAAAUAACUAAACUGAAGUUAGAUUUGGACAAGCGGAUAUACAGAGUGGGAGUCAGAUUCGAUCUUUUGGAUAUGGAAGGGGACUACAGUGUUCACGCUAGAAUCUUGGUUGCUCCAAUAGACGGGGACGGGAAAUUCUACGCCAAUGCCACUGACGUGGAAGGAAACGUAAUCAUUCAGUCAAGUUUGGAGAAUAACUAUUUGCGAUUUAAAUCGAUUGAUUUUAAAAUCAAAAUUGGAGACUACAACGUCCGUUUGGAGAACCUUUUUAAGGGAGACCCAAUUUUAAGUCAAGCGGCCAACCAGCUGAUUAACACCAACAAGAAUGAACUAAUUCAGCUUUCCAUACCGUUCAUUGAGAGAAAAUGUUCCGAAAUAUUUUUGCAAUUAAGCAAUAAGAUCACCGAAAACCUCAAGUACGAUGAACUAUUUCCGGUUUAGAAAGCCCUACUGAAAAAAUAUUGUUAUUCUAACGCAAAAUAAUUUGUGUCAUUUUCUUACUCUAGCAAAACGUGUUUGAUAAUUUUUGUUACUUUUCUAUGCUAUACAAACUUGUUGGCUUAAAUAUUGUGUUAUAAUAUACUUAUUUUUGAACAGUA